UGCUUCGGAAGCGGGGCAGAAGCUGGACGCCACAAAAGAAUUCAUAAUUAUGUUGUUAAGUACUCUUUUGGAGACCAAGAGUAUACAAGGAUAUUUGGCACCUGGUCUUCUAAUGAGGAAUUAAGGUUACUAGAUGCUAUAGAACAAUAUGGUGUCGGAAAUUGGUAUUUUUUGGAAGAUAUAGCAGAUAAAGUAGAAACAAGGUCUCCGGAAGAAUGCAUGGAGCAUUACAAAUUUUUCUACUUAGGAGGAAAUCUUGGAAGUGAAAUAUUGGCCGAUCUUAACCGUUCUCACCGUGUAACCGAUCACACCUCUCAAAAUUUGUCCUGCCUAUCCCCAUUACAAUAUCGUACUGCUACAAUUGCUUAUCUAGGCGCAGAAGAACAACAACUUUUGGGAUAUAUGCCAUUUAGAGAUGAUUUUGAACGAGAUUACGACAAUGAUGCUGAGAGUUUGCUUUGUCGAAUUAAUCCUAUUUGUACGGACGAUGAUCUGGAGUCAGGCAUGUUUAAUGGCAUUAAUUAA